AUGUCGGUCGCAUUGCGCAGUCUGCGAAUACGGCUUCGCAAACUGGCGCAAUGGCUCGAGCUCGACAACAUCGGCCUCCCAUGGCAACGGCACGAGCGAUACUCUUCUGUUGCGACAAACUCCAAAAGACCCCAAAGCAGCUUCUUUCGAGCCAACCGACUGUGCAUCGUCGCCAUCCCCGCCGUCCUCAUCCUCUUCAUCCUCUUCGCCUUCGCCGAUCCCCGCGUCCCCAUUCUCUACAAACCCCUCCCCCUCUCCGAAGAUGCCCCCUGCGAUCACCCCGUGCUGCGACUGGCGACCGAGAGCGAGAAAACGUUCAACGCGACCGUGAAACGACAAUCAAAGUCGCUCUCAGAAGCCGUUACCGAAUACAAACGACGAUACAACAUGCCCCCGCCCCCGAACUUCGACAAGUGGUACGAAUUCGCCAAAGCCCGCGAUACGGUCCUCAUCGACGAAUACGAUACGAUCUACCACUCCCUUCUGCCGUUCUGGGGUAUUAAGCCGAGUGUUCUGCGCGCGCGGGCGAGGGAGAAUCUGGGUCGCGAUAAUGGGCUGAUGGGGGUUUCUGUGCGACAGGGCGCGCCGAUUUACCUGAGCGAUGGCCAGGGAGACUUUCAGCCUUCUGCGACGAUGGCUAUGAUCCAGACGUUUUCGCAAUGGUUGCCGGAUAUGGAUCUUGGGUUUAAUGCGCAUGAUGAGCCUCGAGUUGUUGUUCCGCAUGAUGAGUUGGACCAGAUGGUGAAGAGAGGCCGCGAGGCUCAGUUCCGGCUGAAUUCGAACAGGCAGCCGGAGGGGAACUUUUCGCGUACGCCCAAGGAACUGGCAGAACCCAUCGAGCGGGUGAAUCAGACGCGUUUCGCUCAAAUCGAUCGCCAGGAGACAUGGCUGCUUUUGCGGCUUUCCUGUCCUGUCGAUUCUCCAGCCCGAAGCCUCGACGGCGAUGGCACGGAUAAUUCCACCGAUUUCGCAUUGGGCCCGUUGGGCUUCAUCUCCAACCACACGGCAUUUGGCGAUAUCUGUCAGAGUCCGUCACUGCGGCAUCGUCUAGGAGUUUUCGACCGGCCCAAUUCUUGCAGAAUCACGCAGGAGCUGUCCCCGGUCUUUUCCAUGUCCAAGCUGUCAUCCUCUCAGGAUAUCCCAUACCCAUCGCCUUGGUACUAUGGAGACCAAACCGUGUACGACGAUGACCUCGCCGUCAACUGGGAAGACAAGAUCCCCCAGAUGUAUUGGCGUGGAUCGACAACUUCUGGAUAUAGUGAUUUGGGCGCGUGGCGCAAUCAGCUCAGACAACAAGUCAUCGCCAAACUGGCACAUCCCUGGAACACAACGCAGAUAUACCAAGAAGCCAACGAAACAAGCGCCUGCAAAGCCCACGGCAAGAAAGGAUGGGAGCGCACAGACGUGGCCGCAGUGGAAUACCAGCAAUUCUUCAACACCAAUUUCACCGAGGUUAAGCAGUGCGCCGAGGGAGACUGCAACGAUCAACUGGCCUUUUUCGACCUAGCCCACUUGGACAACCAAGGGGAUGCCUGGAAGUUCCGGUAUCUGCUCGACAUGGACGGCAAUGCCUAUAGUGGACGAUUUUACGCCUUCUUGCGCAGUAACAGUCUGCCGUUGAAGCUGGCGUAUUUCCAGGAAUGGCAUGCAGAUACGCUGAUUCCAUGGGUUCACUAUGUCCCCGUCAGCCAUGAAACAACCGAGUAUGUCGAGUUGAUUCGGUACUUUGAAAACGACGCCGAGGGACAGGAGAUUGCGAGACACAUGGCAAGCGCUGGACGCGACUGGGCGAAAACCUCCCUGACAAAAGCAAAUAUGGAGGUUUACAUGUUCCGAUUAUUAUUGGAAUACGGACGGAUAGUCGAUGAUAACCGAGAAAACAUCGGAUACUACGGUUAG